AUGACCAUCGAAGAUUUCGAGAAUGCGGCAUCCAUUGUGCCCUUCAACAUCGCAGAGACAUGGAUGGCGAAUGCCUCACGUCAGCAAGGCAUCAGCAUUCAGAUCAACUACAUGCAGAAGGCCAUCAUCUUUGGGGCGCCGACCAAAGUUGACAUGCCGGGGCCUUCACAACCAGAAGAGCAUGCGUCAGCCGCUUAUCGAAAUUGGCAACGGGCUCAGCUGACUUGCGACAUGAAUGGCGCGAUUGUGGAACCGCUUCAAGCUGCAGCAGGACCCGCUGGCGUUGGGGGGCUGAUACUCAACGUGCAGCGGCUUUUCAUGGGCGAAAUCGUGUAUCCAGAAGAGCUGCAGAGAAAGGACAAGCUUGAGAAGCAGCCGGGGCCUCGACUACGUGGAGUCUUUGAGCUCAUGAGGCAGCUUCUCACAAACAUCAAGGAGAGGAUGGAGCAGGAGACGAGGUCCAUCCGGCAGCGAAAGGAGGAGAUCGAAAGGCGCAAGGAAGAGAGCGAGCGUCGCAAGCAGAUCCAGGAGAGGGAGGCUAUGGAGCGUCAGCGCAAGGAGGAGGCACUGGAAGCCGAGAAGGAGCGAAAGAGGCAAGAGGAGGAGAGAAAGCGCCGCGAGGCUGAGAAGCAGGAGCAGCGCAAGAGGGAGUUGGAGCUGCAGAAGAACCUGGAGGUGCUGGAGCAGAUGAAAAAGCAAGCCGAACAGAAGGCCACCAACCUCAAG